AAGUGUUCUUCUUAUGCUGCUCCCAGCUAAUGUUUAUUUAAUUUAAUUUAUUUUAUAUAUUUGUUACAUCUCUUAUCAGAUCCAAACCGUUUUCUCAAGAAACGAAUGUGCAACGACACCAACCUAAAAAUUUGAAUUUCAGGAAGCAGAAACAAGGGGAAAAAGAAAAAAAAAAAAAAAAAAAGAGAGAAAAACUCUCUCUCUUCUCCUCUAUCCCUAACGGAAAGUUAAGUAUUUCAAUUUUGUUUUCCGAAAGCAAGAGAGGAAAAAAAAAAAAAAAAAAAUUAAGAACGUUUUCUGUUUUCACAAAACAAGCAAAAACAGCUUCGUUUUGGUUCUUUUUUUCCCUCCUUUCCUUUCUCUGUUGUAAGGAGGUUUGUUUUUUCACAACAAACCAUGUCUUAACCUCCCCUUUAGUUUCGAACCUCGUAACUUACGCUUCAGUAUCAAAAUACGCGCUCCUUGGUUUAAGCAAAUGCAGUUUCGGAGUUUGUUUUCUGAAAUUGUUUUUGCGCAACAAAGAAAAAAAAAAGAAAAUAACAACACGCAUUUUUUAUUUUUCCUCUCCUUAGCUUUUGACUUUUGGGAAAUCUUUUAACUUUCUAUUCUCUUUCAGUUCUGAGAAUUCAUUGAAAGAAAAUUUUGGAAGAAAUUUAGACCGUCGUUUUGUCCAAUAUUUCUGAUCCGAAUUAGGGUUUUUGGUUUUUGCAAUGAGGAGUUUGUAUCUGCGCGGGUAUUACGAGUGAAAGGUGAAAUUGCGAGUUUUUGGUUAAGAAUUCCGGUGAAAUUGGGGAAUUUGAAUUCACCAGGUGUCGGAGAAAAUGAUGUUAUCGGCGUCGCCGUCGAUGAUAGUGCGGAGCUCGCUGGAGGAAAUGCUAGAUUCGCUUCGGCGGAGAGAUGAGGAAGAGAAGCCCAAGGACUUGCCGCCGGCAUUGCCGGCUCGGCCGACUUCCAGGGGUCGGCUUCCUCCCGCGAGGCGCUCUUUGCCGACUAACUUCAAGGUUGACACCGACGGCGGUGUGCCGGAGAGCUUGCCAAGUGUAAAGGACGAGACAAAGAGGAAAGAAAAGGAUUUAGGUUCAAAGAGAAAUAGUUUCGGGAGCAAGAAGGUGAAGAGAGAGCAAACCGUCGAGUCUCCUUAUGUUUCGCUGCCGGAGGAGACUACGAUUGAGCUGACCGGAAACUUAGAUCAGGCCGCUACCGUCACUGCCUUCUCUGCUGCUUUGCCGUCCCGAGUUCAGGACUUGGACUGCGAUGACAACAUAGGUUAUUUCAUUAAGAAGAAACUUCGUGUCUGGUGUCGGCUGCCAAGUGGGCAGUGGGAGUCCGGAAUAAUACAAUCAACUUCUGGGGAUUGCGCAUCAGUUUUACUGUCUAAUGGAAAUGUUGUCAAAGUAUCAACGGUAGAGCUCUUUCCUGCAAACCCAGAUAUCCUGGAAGGAGUGGAUGAUCUUAUACAACUUAGUUAUUUGAAUGAGCCAUCUGUUCUUUACAAUCUUCAGUGUAGAUAUUCUAAGGAUAUAAUUUAUAGUAAAGCAGGGCCAGUUUUGAUUGCGGUCAAUCCCUUCAAAGACAUCCAAAUUUAUGGGGAUGAAUUUAUUGCAGCUUAUAGACAGAAAUUGUUGGAUACUCCUCAUGUUUAUGCGAUAGCAGAUGCUGCUUAUAAUGAGAUGAUGAGAGAUGAAGUAAAUCAAUCCAUAAUCAUAAGUGGGGAAAGUGGAGCUGGCAAGACUGAGACAGCAAAAAUUGCAAUGCAAUACUUGGCUGCUCUUGGUGGUGGAAGUUUUGGGAUAGAGCAUGAAAUCCUUCAAACCAAUUAUAUACUGGAAGCAUUUGGGAAUGCAAAAACAUCUAGGAAUGACAAUUCAAGUAGAUUUGGGAAGCUGAUUGAAAUUCAUUUUAGCACACUGGGGAAAAUAUGUGGUGCUAAAAUCCAAACAUUUCUUCUAGAAAAGUCGAGAGUGGUUCAGCUGGCCAAUGGUGAGAGGUCAUAUCAUAUCUUUUACCAACUCUGUGCUGGUGCCCCCACAGAUCUUAAAGAAAGACUGAACCUUAGAAUGGCUAGUGAGUACAAGUAUCUCAAUCAAAGUGGUUGCUUAGUAGUCGAUGGAACAGAUGAUACUCAGAAAUUCUCUAAACUCAUGAAAGCCCUAGAUAUUGCUCGUAUAAGCAAAGAAGAUCAAGAGCACGCAUUUUCUAUGCUUACUGCUGUAUUGUGGCUGGGAAACAUAUCAUUCCAAGUAAUUGACAAUGAAAAUCAUGUGGAGGUUUUGGCAGAUGAAGCUUUAACAAAUGCUGCCAGGCUGAUGAGAUGUAAAUCUGAUGAGUUGAUGUUAGCUUUAUCCACCCACAAAAUCCAAGCUGGCAAAGACAAAAUUGCUAAAAGAUUGACAUUGCAGCAGGCAAUUGAUACGAGAGAUGCAUUGGCAAAAUUUAUCUAUGCAAGUUUAUUUGACUGGCUUGUGGAACAAAUUAACAAUUCUCUUGAAGUGGGCAAACAUCGUACUGGGAGAUCAAUUAGUAUCCUGGAUAUAUACGGGUUUGAGUCUUUUCAGAAGAAUAGCUUUGAACAAAUGUGUAUUAAUUAUGCAAAUGAGAGGCUGCAGCAACAUUUCAACCGACAUUUACUUAAGCUCGAGCAGGAGGACUACGAAGUGGAUGGAGUUGAUUGGACUAAAGUUGAUUUUGAAGAUAACCAAGAGUGCUUGAAUCUCUUCGAGAAGAAACCUUUAGGCUUAGUUUCCUUAUUGGAUGAGGAAUCAAACUUCCCCAAGGCUAGUGAUUUGACAUUUGCCAAUAAGCUCAAGCAACACCUGAGUUCUAAUCCUUGCUUUAAAGGAGAAAGAGGCAGUGCAUUCAGUAUUCGUCACUAUGCUGGAGAGGUUCUUUAUGAUACAGAUGGUUUUCUGGAAAAGAACAGAGAUCCUUUGCACUGUGAUUCCAUCCAACUCCUCUCCUCGUGUGGAAGUGAACUUCUGCAGCAGUUUGCAUCCAAAAUGCUCAAGCAAUUUCAGAUGGACUUUCACAAGCGUAGUGUUGGUACAAAAUUCAAGGGACAAUUGUUCAAACUUAUGCACCAGUUGGAGAGUACAACACCUCAUUUCAUUCGUUGCAUAAAGCCAAAUAGUAAACAGCUUCCUGGCAUGUAUGAGAUGGACCUUGUCUUACAUCAGCUGAGGUGUUGUGGUGUUUUGGAGGUUGUUAGGAUAUCAAGAUCUGGAUAUCCUACAAGAAUGAGACAUCAAGAGUUUGCAGAAAGAUAUGGUUUUCUACGUUUGGAGACCAAUGUAUCUCAGGAUCCGUUAAGCAUAUCAAUUGCUGUUCUUCAACAAUUUAAUAUCCUCCCUGAGAUGUACCAGAUUGGCUAUACCAAAGUGUAUCUUCGAACAGGGCAGAUUGGCACACUGGAGGAGAGGAGAAAACAAAUCCUGCAAGGAGUACUUUGUGUCCAGAAAUACUUCCGUGGUUACCAAGCACGUUGUUCUUUCCAUGAACUUAAGAAAGGAGUAGCAACAUUACAAUCAUAUAUUCGUGGUGAGAAUAUCAGAAGGAAACACAAUAUUGUGUUUAAGUGGCGCACAUCUAGUGCUCCUAAAACACUUGAUGAGCUGCGGGGGGUCAUAUAUUUACAGUCUGUAAUACGUGGUUUACUGGUUCGGAGGCGUUUUAAAGGCAUGAUUAAGUUGAAGGUGCACCCUGGGGGUGUAAAAUAUAAACAGAAGCCUGGCAGGAGGAUUUCUGACGUGAAGAACAUGUCACAGGAGCAGGUUCAUGGGCUGCCUUCAUCUUUUGCCGAGCUUCAACGGCGAGUUUUAAAGGCAGAAGCAACUCUAGAGCAAAAGGAAGAGGAAAAUGCUGCAUUGCGGGAGCAACUACAACAGUAUGAAACAAGGUGGUCAGAGUAUGAAGCAAAGAUGAGAUCUAUGGAAGAGAUGUGGCAAAAACAGAUGGCAUCAUUGCAAAUGAGUCUUGCUGCAGCCAGAAAGAGCCUUGCUGUGGACAAUACUGCAGGUCACCCUGGGAGAAUGGAUUCUGUCUCAUCACCUCGCUUUUAUGAUUCUGAGGAUGCAACAUCCAUGGGAUCUCGAACGCCUGGUGCAAGCACGCCUGCCAAAUUUUCUAGCGGCAUACAUGAUGUUGGAUCAGGGCGAGAUACGAAUGGUACUCUGACUGCAGUCAACAAUCUAGUAAAGGAAUUUGAGCAGCAGAGACAGACUUUUGAUGAUGAUGCGAAAGCUCUAGUUGUGGUCAAAGGACAAUCUACUUCAAAUAUUAAUUCUGAUGAGGAGAUACGAAAACUCAAACUUCGGUUUGAGAUGUGGAAGAAAGAAUACAAGGUAAGAUUAAGGGAAACAAAAGCAAAGCUUCAUAAACUUGGGCAUCCAGAAGUAGAAAGAAGCCGUCGAAAAUGGUGGGGAAAAUUAAGCUCAAGAGCAUCGUAGUAAUCUAGUGUCAGAUCAACAUCUUUGUGAGAGUAGACAAAAAUGGAGAUAUUCCAUGAGGAUCAUUGGAAAGUGAUGCCUGUCACAACAUUGACAAUUUCCCUUUUCAGGAGCUACUCCAGCGGCCUAUGUUAAUGGAGACAUAUGUGGCCUUAAUCUAGUGCGCAGGGUGGUGAUGGGGGAGAAGUUGUAUAUCAGCCAAUUUUUGCAAUUUGGUGGGAGUAUUGAUAAGUCUGUGCAUAGCCAAAUAGGAAAUCGUUGAGUGAUUUCAGCCUCUGUUAAUCAAUGUGUAUAUUCAGUUGUCAUUGAUGUAAUGUGAUAUCUUGUAGAACUCAGCAUCGAAUAUGUGGAAAAGAAAUGUUCAUAUGGCCUAAAAUUUUUUUAGUGCUUUGUUAUCGUUAUAUUUUCAGCUGUCCGAGUAUAUGGCAGCUUAUAGUUUUUACUGCAAAUCUUGGCUGUUUAGACUUAUAGCACAUUGACUGAACUUGAACAUCUCUUGUGUAUUAUCCGGAACAUGAUCGGUAGAGCUGUGAAUCCUUUGAAGGAGAGCUGUUGUGCAAACAAAAUUGCCUAAUCCCUCGGGUGGCGAAGUUUACCGUUGGCAUGGAGAAAACAACUUUUUCAACAAUGAGAACUUUUGCAUAUCGUGCCCAGCUAAUUCUUAGCCGUGGAAAUAAAUUAUUGGCAAAACAGGUAGGGUGAAUAGUAAUUUUACUGUAGAUUUAAUAAUGUUGAGCUAACCCUCUUGAUCUAAGGAAAGCAGGUUUCUACAUUUUAUUUUUAUUUUUAUUUUUUUAUGUGUUUUAAGCAUGUUUCUACAUUUACAGGCCAAUUGGUGGACUUUUCAGGUUUUAUUACUUCAUUUUUUAUUUUUGUAUUUAGCAUGGUGAUUCGAACUUACUACCUUUGUCAGAGGAAGCAAUGACAUGUAUCAUUAGUACUAAUUAAUUCGCUUAUUUUGAAUAUAUGUCAUCCCUCUAUUUGUUUAAACAAGGAAGAUCAGCACCACUAGAAAAUCCUAGUCAUUUCAGAUAUCAAACUGAUACAGAGUGAUAUUUUUUUUUUUUUUUUUAAUAUCUACUAAUAAUGAUCUA